UGUCUCUUCGUGUCAUUUAAAAAUCACGCGUACUAUUUUUGACUUUGAUUGUUUUUGAUUAAUUUAAAUAAAUCAAAACUAUCAAUAAGGAUUAGAUUAUAAAGUUAAUUAUAACGUGAGUCGCAUAAAUUGUUUAUCGCCUUAAUAUAUGUGAUUAUAAAGUUAAAUUCGAAUCACAUGUUAUUUAUUCUCAUGGUCUUGUCUCCUUGCAUAACCUAUACAUUUUUUAAAUAACGUGUUCAGUUAUUAAGAAAAGAAGUUUUAUAUGUUAAUGAAGUGUUUAAACUUGUUCAAAUAUUGUUAUGGUAUAAUUUUACAAUGCAUUUAGAUUCUAAUUUAAAUUCGGAUACAGAAAUGGAAUGUAACGAUGAAGUAUCUUACGACACAAAUAUAAAUCAUAAUUCCCCUGCCACAGGUGCAUAUACGUGCAGCAGUAGAGAAUUCUUAACGUUAAAUGAAAAUGAAGAAGAAGAUGAAACGGUAAAGGCUAUAAUUAGAUCUAAAGAAUUACAAAGAAUUCAUCCUCCAACGAUUACAUUAGACGAUUUUAUAGUAGAUAUAUGUUUUCAUCCUGAAAAUGAUAUGAUUGCUGUGGCCAAUAUCCUAGGAGAUGUUAUGUUAUUCAAGUAUACUAAUGAAGAGACGAAACUCGUGUCAACCAUGGAAUUACAUCUCAAAGCUUGCAGAGACAUCGAAUUCAGUCACGAUGGCCAAACACUUUUUUCUACAGCAAAAGACUUAUCUGUAAUGAUUACAGACAUGGAAACUGAAAAAUUAAUAAGAUUAUAUGAAAAUGCUCAUGAACAACCUGUAUAUACCAUGAAUAUUCUUGGAGAACACGGAUUUGCAACGGGUGAUGAUGAUGGCGUUGUUAAAUUGUGGGAUCUUAGACAGAAAGGUAAUACUCCUAUAUUUUCAAUAAAACAAAUGGAGGACUAUGUUAGCGCUAUGAUUACGAAUAGCGACAAUAAAUAUCUAGUGUGUGCUAGUGGAGAUGGAUCGCUUACAACAAUUAAUAUGCCUGCAAGGAAACUGCAUCUCCAGUCGGAAGAAUACGAAGAAGAAUUUUUAUGCCUUGGUCUAUUUAAAUCAGAGACAAAGAUUUUAGCUGCUAGUAGCAAAGGAAAAAUGUAUGUAUUUAAUUGGGGAGAAUUUGGUCUACAUUCGGAUGAAUUUCCAAGUUUAACGAGAAAAGCUCUAAACUGUCUGAUUCCUAUUACAGAGAAUAUUGUAAUAACUGGCGGUGAGGACGGAAUACUUAGAGCAACAAGUUUAUUUCCGCAUCACCAUCUUGGUGUAGUAGGUCAGCAUGAUCUUUCUAUCGAAGUGCUUGAUGUUAAUAGCGAUGGCACAUUAAUAGCAUCCUCUUCUCAUAACGACGACAUCAAAUUUUGGAAUGUAGAGUAUUUGGAAACAUUAAAUACUUGUGAGCGUAAAAAAGGUGGUAAACAAAGGCAAAUGAUACAUAAUCUACCAAGUAGUAAGGUUAACAACGCAUCAGACUUUUUUGCAGAUCUUUGAUCUUUUAUAUUAUUGACGACUCUCUUCACAGAUUUACCUUUAUUGAUGAUUCAUUUGGCGUAAGUACUCAGGAGCAUGAUAAUGUUGUUGAGCAUGUGCAAGCGAAGGAUGUAUUGGCGGAGGAAAACAACGGACGUGUUCCACACUGGUCGCAUCGCUAUCUCCACUUUUUAAAUACUUAUUUAAUACAGCAAAAAUUUGAGAAUUUAAUACUUGGAAUCUUCUUAUACGAUCAACCAUUCGUUUUAAACGCUGUAAAAAGAAAAAAAGGAUAGAAAAAGAAAACAAAGAAAUGAUUAAACUGAACAAGCACAAAAAGAUAAAAUAUAAGAGAAUGUUGAAUAAAAAUGCAUACGAUUCCUUUGACAUUUUCAUCCUUGCCAUCUACACGCUGCACUCUGAGAAUGUGAUAGCAAAAGUCAAGAGCUUCGAACCUUCUUUGUUGGCCAAGAAGUACUAUCAUAGCGCAUCCAGCCCAAUGUAAGCCUUCGCCAAAUAAUUCCCUACGGGAUAUAUAUAUAUAUAUAUAUAUAUAUAUAUAUAUAUAUAUAUAUAUGAUGAUUUUGUAUCAUAGAACUAAGAGUAAGAAUUCUGUUAUAUUACUGACUCAACGGUGAAUUCUGUAUCUCCAACAGGAAUGCAAUAUACAAAUUGUAGAGCGCUCCAAAGUCUAUGGAAUUCUGUACAUUCGUCCACAUUCAUUACUCCAUUCGCAGGUGGUGGCCCAACCCAAAUAGGAUCAUCUAAGAAACUGCGCAAUCUGCUAAGUACAAUUUCAAAUAUCGAUAAGCCACAACAAAGUCGUUCUCUCGUUAACAAGUCUCCUUCUCUAGCAAUCAUUGCUUGCUAGAAAAAUAAAUGACAAACAAAAGUUAUGUACGAUUUCAUAAUUAUUAAUUCAUUCAGUAUUAUUAAUUACCUUAGCAGUACCCAAUUUAUCUACAUUAGGUACAAUCUGUAACGCUGCAUAUUUGGCUUCAAGUCGCUUUUGUUUGGUUUCAGGUUUUUCACCCUCUGCAAUUUCAUCCAUUAAGAAACAUUAUUAUAUGCUUUUAUUCGAAUAAUAAAAUCAUAUUAUUCGAGUAAAUAAUUGUACCUUUACAAUAAGGUCUAGGUAAUAUAUUUUGGAAUGGUGCUGCAUGUAAUAAAUCGCAAACUUCUUCUUGCGAAAGUGCUUGCUCCAUUAGAAGACAAAAUAAAAUGGUAUUACCGAAUUCUCGAAAAUUAUGAAAUAAUUCUGUUUUCGCAUCAGGAUAUUGUACGAUGUCGUUUAACUGAGCAUGAUAAUAUCCCAAUACUCCAGGAGAUCCAUAAUCGUAACGAGGAAGCUUACAAACUUUUGGCAUAGCUUCCAUUAAAGUUUUAGUGAACUGAUGUAAGCUUCCUUGAAUUAACGACUUAACUAUUUUUAAAAGUUCCUCCAUAACUACUGCUAUACCUUGAUACCCUAAUAAUUUACACAUAGUACGGAAAUGAUAUGGCCCAACGAAUCCAGAAUACUGUCCAUAUUGGGUACUAUAUGCUAAAUUUAAUUGCUUGCUACCCCAGAGAUAAUGAUGAGACAUUUGUGGCGGUUUAUCUCUAUGUACUGGUUGUACAAAUUGAAGACCACGGCACUUGACGAACCUUCAAAGAAAUUUUCAAAAAAUGAAUGAAUCCAAAAGAUUAGUCGUAAUUAGUAAAGGAAUAAUUAAGAAGAUUUAUUUUACCUAUUCGUUGCAGCAUUGUAACAAUAAUUUGGUAAAAAGUCAUAAUUCAAUUCCCAAAAUACAUGGAGUGUUAUUCUUCCAUACGGAGCAAGAACAUUAUGAUUUGCUUCUCUAAACAUAGCAUCGUAUUCAUCAAGUGCAAGCCAUUUGCUUAGUAGUUUAUGAGUAAGCCGAUUGACUUGUAGUAAUCCUUCUAGUUCCUGCGCGCGCGUGUGUUUGUGUGUGUGUGUGUGUGUGUGUGUGUGUAUAUAUAUAUAUACAUACGUAGCGUAGAUAUGCAUAUACAUAUACAGGUAUGUAUUUAUUUUAUAAAAUAAAUAUAAGUCAAAUGUAAAUAUAAAUGCAUGAACUUUAGCUUGUUAAAAAAAUAAUAUUAAGGCGCAGUAAUCUUUUCAACUUACCACUACUCCUGUAAUAUCUCCAGAUUCAAAUUUACUAAUCGCUAAAUCUAAUGAUUUUUGCAUAUCAGCAUUGAUACGUUGGGUGAUUAGUUUAUUUAAAUCAAUGCUUCUUCCCAAUAAUUGAACGUGUCGUUGUUUUAAUAAAGUUUCAUAUCUAUUAGCACGGGGAUAAGAAAGUAAAUAUGCUCCUAAAGCUACGCAUUCUACUCUAAAUCGUUUAUCUAAUAAAAUACUAGCAGCUAACUGUUUAUAAUGAGCGAAAAUUUGUUCGCUUAAUUUAUAAACAAACUGAUCGAAACAUAAAUUAACUUCAGCCUCGACUUCAUCGUAAAGAAAUUGUUUUCGAAAUAUUGUUAAUGCAUACAAUGCACUAUCAUUGUAGAGAUCCAAGGGAUAUAGAACAUACCUAAAAGAUAUAAAAAUGAAAUGAUUAAUCAAGUAUUUUGCAUAUCCAAUUAAUAUGUCUAUAAUAUUUUUACAUACUCCAUCAUUGAUGGCUCCUUGCUUCUUAAUAUAUGAUCAGUCAAUAUCCAAGGCAUGGACAUUUCAAUUGGAAACUAUAAUAAAGAAUAUAAUAAUAACGUUAACUUUAACAUAGGACAUUAGGAUAAGAUAAUAUUAUUUGUGAUAGCAGAUAAAAUACUUGAAUUCGUUUCUCCAUUGUAAUUAAAUCGCUGCAUUCCUCAUUAUGCUGAUGACGUACUUGACAUUUCUAAUUAUUAAAGAAUAAUUAUAUAUUAUGAGAACGUACGUCAGAAAAACGUUUAAUUUUAUACGCAUAUAUAUUUUAUUUAUCAUUUGUAAAUAAAAAAUUAUAUGUUAAAGUCUAUUAUAAUUUUUCACAAGUUCAUUAAAAUAAUUGAAGAAUAAGCAAUGCAAGGUGAACGAUAAAGUCAUUUAAUAUUAACUCAAUUUAUAAAUAAGCAACAUGUUCACCUGUAUUUUUCGGCCCAUAGUCAUUUCUAAAUAAAAUUCUCUAUACCAUAAUUGUGACAAGUCGCAACAAUUUUGUAACGAUUCUAGAAAGAAAUAUAUAAAUAUUAUUACAUUACUUUUUAUAUUUGACAGAAUAUACGUACCGCUAAAAUUCAAAAGAUAACUCCAAUAAAAACUGGUUUUAUGAAACUGAUCAAUUUGUACAAGAUAUUGUCCAUCGAUAUCUUUUCUCAAUGUACGUUUACCACCACUCUUAUCAGCAAUUAAUGAUUCCAACAUAGUACGAACCAUAUAGAGUUGCGUUGAGGAAGGGCCUGGAUGAAAAUAAUCAAGUAAUACAAGAAAUUCAAGAUAUAAUAAUCAUUACAAUAUUGAUUAUUAUUUUGAUUUCAACUAACCAACAUUCCUUCGUGGGACUUUAAUACCAAAUCCAUUAUCUGGAUCUUUUUUUCCCUUUAAAGCAGGAUCUCCUAAUGGUUCAACUCCAAAAUGCCAAUCAGCGCAAGUUUCUCUCACAGAAACAAUUAUGCUAAAAGGAAAAAAAUUUUUUAUUUGCAUUUACUUAAAAUAAUACUAUGCUAAUAUAAAAUAUUGCCAUGUUA